AUGCCACUUGCUGGGCAACAGGAUGUAAUGACACCCCCACCUACUCAAAAGAGCGCUGUACCUCCGACGUCUCCUCCUCCAGGCGCAGCGCCCCCUGCAGCUGCCACUGGAGCACAACCAGCACAGGCCGCAAAAACAACCUCAGUAACAAAUCUGGCUAUACCUCCAGUAAACACAAAGAUAGACGUGCCCUUACCCGCAGAUGUACUUGCAAUACUAGAAGCAAAUAAAAACUUUUAUCUAACUCCAUGCACAUUGCCUCCUUGCCUCAAAAAGAGUAAAGAGACAACAUCAAAAGAUGUCGGUCGUCAAUAUAUUACAGCACAUCUGGAUCUUCCACAAGUACCAUUCACUGAAGCAAUGAUUCCGUACGACCCUUCACCAAAACCGCUUAAGGUUACACCAAAGAGAGUUGGAUCAUAA